AUGCAGGACAUACUUAUUAGCUUUUUCAUAUUUUGCAUUGCUUCAUCUCAGUUACUUGGUAUUGUGUACAGCAAAACAACAUUUGAUGUUGUCAAAUUUGGUGCUGUUGGAGACGGACAAACUGAUGAUUCCGAAGCUAUUGUAAACGCAUGGAAAGCCUUGUGUGGAGCAGCUGCAGCUGGUGAUGACGUACCAACACUUACUGUACCAGGGGGGAAAACAUUCUUAUUGCAACCCUCGGAAUUUGAAGGUCCCUGCAAAUCAAAGAGUGUUCAUAUUCAGGUCUCGGGUAAUUUGAUGGCACCCAAAACGCCCGAUGCAUGGAAAGUGUGUCCAUCAUAUAGUUGGCUUUCAUUUAGAAAUGUGGACAAUCUCAUACUCGAUGGUUCAGGAAAAAUUGACGGUCAGGGUUCAGCUUGGUGGAGCAAAGUGAGCGAAAAUAGCUUUUUUAUAAAUGGGAACAGGGAGAAGUGCGAAAGACCAAAGGCUCUUCAAUUCCACCGAUGUGAUCAUCUUCGAUUGAGUGGACUUACUCACAUAAACAGCCCAAGAUCUCAUAUUGGUAUAGGCACAAGCAAUGACGUGGAUAUCUCCCAUCUUACUAUAAUUGCACCUGAUGAAAGUCCAAACACUGAUGGAAUUAACGUCGCAAACUCAACCUAUGUCUAUAUUCAUGACUCUAAAAUUGGAACUGGUGAUGACUGCAUUGCAAUCAGUUCUGGUGCUUCCAAUGUUAGGAUCGCCAAGAUUGCGUGCGGACCAGGUCAUGGAAUUAGUGUGGGAAGCCUAGGAGCAAAUGGGGCUUAUGCUGCAGUGGAAAAUGUAUACGUGAGAGAUUGUAGUUUUAAUGGAACUCAAAAUGGAGCAAGAAUCAAGACAUGGCCGGGUGGAUCUGGAUAUGCUAGGAAUAUAACCUUUGAGAACAUCACACUUACCGCGACUAAAAACCCCAUCAUUAUUGACCAACAAUACUGCAACGGUGCUCAUGAUUGCGCAAAGCAGAGCAAAGCUGUGCUGGUGAGCAAUGUGAGAUUCACUGAUUUUAGAGGAACUUGUGGAAAUGAGGAGGCUAUCAAAUUAGACUGCAACCACAUUUCGGGUUGUCAAAACAUUGAACUGGUGAAAAUAAAUAUCACCUCAACGGUUCCAAGUAAGAAGGUUUAUGCAAGUUGCAACAAUGCCAAAGGAAAUUCCGGCUCUACUGUGCCCACUGUAUCUUGCCUCGAGUAG